AUGGCGGCCAUCGACAAGCAGGCCCUCAAGGACGCGGUCACAAGGAGGAGUUCAUACAUCCUAGCAAACAAGGAGACCAUCACCAUGAAUCAGUGUCGGAAGCUGCUCGAGGAGGACAUGGGUCUUCCUGAGAAGAGUUUGAAGAGCGAAAAGGAAUAUGUGAAGGAGCUGAUUGACAAGCUGUUCUCGGGCAACACAGCAGGUGAAGAGCCAGCAGCGCCCUCUCAAGAGAGUGAGGAUGAUGCGGCAGAGCCUGCAUUUGACAGCAACUCUCCCAAGCAGAAGAAGGCGAGACGUAAAGCCAGCGAAGACGAUGGUUCUUCACGCAAACGGCUGAAACAGAAAGAAGUGAAGGCCAAGAAGGUGAAGAGGAAGGAUGAGGAGGCAGCCCCGGCAGCGCCUGCAGGCAAAGAAUAUGGGCGCGAGGUGCAAAAGAUGAAACGCAUCUGCAAAUCAGCGUCCAUCACCAUCCCGCCCUCUGUCUACACGAGGGUGUCCAAGGAGCAGGAUGUGGCAGACAGGCUGAAAGCGCUGCUGCAGAAACAUGGCCUGUCAGAGCAGGCCACCACAGACGAAGUCGCGCAAGUGCGCAAGGACGUGCAGAAGCAGCGUGACCUGGAGGGCAUUGACAUGAGCAACAUUCUGGCUGAGGGCCGUGGCAGGCGUGCGGCUGCUGCAGCGCCGCACAAGUACACCUACCUGGACAACGGUUCCCUGUCAGACUCAGACGCGGACAAUGUGUGUCCUUCUCUAAACUGCUUUGUCCCCCAGCAGCAGGAAAUCUGCGCCAGAGUCUAA